AUACCAUUUGUUUUGUUACAAUCAUUAUCCGAUACAACUUAAUUAUUUCAGAGAUGCAUUAACAAAUCCAUUACCAAGAAAUCCAUUAUUAUGGUUGCGUUUAUAACGUUGCUUUCUUAAUCACAUUACCCUUAAUAACUUAAUUCAGUGAAGAUGUCGAAAGACCUCGGUUUUUACCAUUUAAAGAGAUAUUGUUUGAAAUGUAAAACUUGGCCCAUUUCGCGAGGAUUUCGAGGACUCCUACCCGCUAUCAUAUUAACUCUAAAUAUAAUUUUGGGGAUUCGCCCAAUAUUUAAGGAAAUAUCAAAUUUUAAGGAGGACGUUUCAAAAUGCUUAUUUAACAUUAAGUUUCUUUCAUUGGCUGGGCUCAUUAUCACUUAUAACAUCCAACUGCUUAGGAACCGAGAUGCUUUAUUCGAAAUGCUUAAUCUAUUAAGUGAUUUCAAUCAUAAUAAUGUAACCAAACGAGUUACAUUUCUUGAGAAAAAUAUGGAAUCUUUGUUGAAAACGUUUCGUUUCGUCGCGUUUAUUUCUGCAAACGUCAUUUCGUAUUACGUUAUGUGGAAGAAUAAAUGUAUUAAUUUUAUGAUCACUAAACACUGCUUUAUGUUUGAGUAUUACGUUCCGUUUCAAUUGGAGCACAGGGGAAUAAUAUUUUUAAUAAUAUUAUUUCAAAUAUAUUCGAUUAAUGUUGUAUUGAACGCAGCUAUUCUUUACACGCUACUCUAUGUUUAUUCGUUCGAAUUAUUGAUCGCCCGGACUGAAAUCCUUCAAGAAUUGAUUUCUAACAUACAUUUAUCAAAAAAUAAGAAAAGAAACUAUCGCAUUUUACGACCGAUCGUUUUGUAUCAACAAGAUUUUUUCAGGGUGUUCCAAAUCACCAAAAAUUUCUUCAUUAACUUCUUAGUACCCGUAAAAAUGUUUCAUUCAAUUUGUUUAACUGCGUCAAUCACCGACUUUGCUUUG